AUGUCCAUGUUCAUCUUGAUCCUCGAGUUAGCCUUCGCACCCGCCUUACUCGCGCUAGCCUUCCUGCUAUUCAAUGUCGUACGGGGCAUUUUCGCUCGUGUCACGAAGUAUGCCAUGCUACGCAAGGUGAACGGACCCGGCAACCAGUCGUUCGUCGCGGGGAAUCUCCAAGAUCUUUACAGCCAUGGUGGGCUCGCCCAUCUCGAGGCGCUUUCCCAAUACGGGAGGGUUGUUAAGGUCCAUGGACUGUUUGGAGACACGCUCCUCUCCAUUUCCGAUCCUCGCAGCCUGACACAUGUCCUCAUCAACAGCGCACAGAACUUCCAAUCGAUUGAUACCUCCGGUACUCUUGAUAUGCACAAGUACUUCACCGGCCGCGGACUUCUCUCGACGACAGGCCCCGAGCAUCGCCGACAGCGCAAGCUUCUUAAUCCCGUCUUUUCGCACGCUCACAUGCGACGCGUAUCCCCGCUCAUGCGCGAUAUAGCACGCCAACUGAAGGAGUUGAUCGUCAGUGAGGUCGAGAAGGGUGCUGGUGACAGCAAACCGCGCGUAUGCGAGCUGGACUGCGCGGAGUAUCUGGGUCGCGCCGCAUUAGAGUAUAUCGCGCAGGUUGGCUUCGGCCAUACCUUCCACGCUAUGGAGGGCGGCGCGGAUAAGUAUGUGCACGCCAUCAAGGACCUCAUCCCAAAUCAAUCCGCGCUUGGCGCGUACAUUCCCAUCUUUGUGCUGAGUGGCGCGUCGCGUCUACCCCCAAAGAUGCUGCGUCUCCUAGGCAAUCUGGCAUCCCUGUUUUCUUCGGCAAUCCGGCACAUCAUGCUUAAUAGGGAUGUCAUGCAUGACGAGAUGCGUGCGAUUUGGAAAGCGCGCAAGGCUGCGCGUGUGGACGGGGAUCAGGAAGAGCUAUUGGGCGCCUUGCUCGAAGCCAACGAAGAAGGACAGGUCUCCGAUGAAGAAAUGUCUGAUCAGGCUUCAACACUCCUACUCGCAGGAGCGGAGACGUCGAGUACAGCUUUAUGUCGCAUCCUGCACCUUCUUGCGCUACAUCCGGAUAUCCAAGAUCGACUUCGCCAGGAGAUGGUACAGGCGCGGGCUUCUGUUACUGAUGGAAGCGAUCAGCUGGACUAUGAUGCACUCAUGGCGCUACCAUUUCUUGAUGCGGUAUGCAAGGAGACACUCCGCGUCUUUGCGCCCGCUCCGCUCCGCAAUCGCAGGUGCAUCAAGGAGAACACCAUCCCGUUCUCAGACGGCAGAAGUGUGCGUGUUCCAUCCGGCACUGAGAUUCUGGUCAACGUGCACGGGAUGAAUACCGAUACCGAGCUUUGGGGGCCUGACGCCAAGACCUGGAAGCCCGAGCGCUGGCUGAAACGGGACUCGCAGUCUGCGGACGCGCCAGGCGUGUAUGCUAACAUGUUAACAUUCCUGGCGGGUCCUAAGUCUUGCAUAGGCAUGAACUUUUCGAUCCUCGAAAUAAAGAUUGUGAUUUCAACUCUCAUUACAUCCAUGGCGUUCAAGCCGCCGUCAAGUCUGGAGAUCCAGUGGCGAUUCGGUGAAACGAUUACUCCAGGCGUCAAGGGCGAGAAGAGCGUGGAACCGAAAAUGCCGCUACGUGUAGAGCUCUUGUGA